AUUCAAUACUACUGCACACUUUUCAUACUUACCCCGAUAUAAUCGGCAGUUACUUUCGCGGACUGAAGCCGUCGAAUGGUGGGUCUGGACGGUUAAGUCGGGAUCUUGGUCCAUUUCGGCCCCCCAUUUUCUUGUUCAAACCCGUGAAUCGAGGUGACCUUCUGUUUAUAUUGACGGCUUGACUCGCCGCCUGGAGAAAUUCCUUUUCUCCUUCAAUCCGUUAUCCACCCAUUCCCCUCCCCAAAGGCGUUUUGACGUGCCGUCGUGAGCGUCUGGGGCGCUGCCGCGAAUCUAACUUCCGACCCCUCACGGUCAUCCAUCAUUACCCGUCAGACAUCUCAUCACAUCAUCAUCAUGAGCAACAUCGUCGAUCACGAUCUCGAAGCGGCCGAGAUGGAGGCGAACGCCGAGCAUCAGUCCGAGGACUGGGGCCAGGAGAAGGCUCGACGUUCGGGCGAGGCUGCGAGGCCUUCUACCUCAGGAUCCACUAUGUCGUCGACGGGUUCCAGUAGCUCUGUCGAUUACAACCCGAACUUCCAUAGGAUGCAGUCGAGGAAUACAGAACUUGACCUGGAGCGUCGACGAUCGGGGCUUUCCCAGGCGCUGAGCCGGAUAGAGACCCAGCGGCUGCAGCAUUCGAUGACCGUCGGUGAAAGCGUCAAGUCGCGACCAUCUAAGCUCCCUUUACCAGCGUUCGGUGCUGGUAAGCCGUAUCCUCCACAGCUGCCAAACCGGGAUGACUACGUCGUAGAGUUCGAUGGACCGGACGAUCCUCUUUACCCGCAGAAUUGGCCACUAAAAACAAAAGUGUUGAUCAGCGCAAUGCUCGCGUACACCAGUAUCUGCUCAACGUUCGAUUCCGCCAUUUUCAGUUCUUCCUCCAAAGCCGUCGCCAGGGUCUUUGGGGUUAGUCUCGAAGUCUCAGUGUUAUCCAGCUCACUCUACAUCUGCGGUUAUGCCACUGGUCCUUUGAUCUGGGCCCCUCUAUCCGAAUUGAAGGGCCGCCGCUUACCAAUUAUCUUUGCCAUGCUCGGAUUUGGUAUCUUCAAUACGGGUGUGGCAGUUGCCAAAGAUUUGCAAACCCUCCUUAUUUGCCGAUUCUUCUGUGGUGUCUUUGGUAGUUCGCCUCUGGCAGUUGUCGCAGCCGUCUUUUCCGACAUUUACAACAACCGCACUCGUGGUAUUGCCAUUGCAUGCUUCUCCGGCACGGUCUUCUUGGGCCCUCUCAUUGCACCGUUCAUCGGAGGAUUUAUCAAUAUGUCUUACUUGGGUUGGCGCUGGACCGCCUAUAUCCCAGCAUUCAUGGGCUAUGCGGCUUUUGUGAUGAAUCUGUUCUUCCUCAAGGAGUCCUACCCCCCGGUGGUCCUAGUGGACAAGGCUUCCGAAUUGCGCCGCCGCACCAAGAACUGGGGUAUUCACGCCAAGCAGGAAGAAAUCGAAGUCGACCUUCGGGAUUUGGUGGUCAACAACUUUUCCCGUCCCUUGAGACUUUUGAUCAAUGAGCCAGUGAUCCUGGCGGUGACCUUCUACCUGAGUUUCAUCUAUGGUCUUCUUUACUGCUUUUUGACUGCUUAUACCCUUGUGUUCCAACAAGUCCAUGGUAUGAAUGCUGGAGUCGGUGGCUUGCCCCUGUUUGGCAUGGUGGUCGGCCUCUUCAUCGCUGCCACCUACAUCAUCUUUUCCAGCGGAUCGUACGUCCGCAAGUUGGAUAAAAAUGGCGGUAUUCCCAUUCCUGAAUGGCGUCUUCCGCCCGUCAUUGUCGGUGGUGCACUCUUCGCCGCCGGAAUCUUCUGGUUUGGAUGGACGGGAUUCACCAAGGACAUCCAUUGGAUCGUGCCCACUCUCAGUGGAUUGUUUACUGGAUUCGGUCUCUUGAUCAUUUUCAUCCAGCUAUUCAACUAUCUCAUCGAUACUUAUCUCAUGUUUGCCGCUUCCGCUAUCGCCGCAAACACUUUCUGCCGAUCGCUGGUGGCAGCCAGCUUCCCGCUUUUCUCGCGCCAAAUGUUCGAAAACAUGGGCAUCCAGUGGGCCUCUACGCUCCUCGGUUGUGUCGCUGUGUGCCUAGUCCCCAUUCCUGUGGCAUUCUACUUCUUCGGCAGGAAGAUGAGAAUGAAGAGCAAGUUUGCGCCCUUCUUCGAACCCGCAUCCGAGUCGCAUGCUGCGGAUAUGGAGGAGAACGAAGAAACCGAGGUGGACGAACGUGCCUGAGUGAUGUGAUACCCCUACAAAAAGUAAUUUCUUAGUGAUUAAUAGUGAUAAGAUGGUGAAUUACAACAUGAAAGAUGUUCUCUGUCAAUGCAUUUCUGCACCCAUUGCGCAAUAUUAGCUAGUAAUGCCACUCCAGUCCG